AUGUUGAAUGCUGAAUUUUCAGAUUUACCAGAUAUUAUAGAUGACAUAUUAAAUGGCCAAUAUAAAGAUGUAAUAAAUAAACUUCUUAUAUUUAUCAAGCCAAUAAAGAAUGACGAUAGCUUAGAAGAAAUUAUAUAUAAUAGUUCAUCUGAGGCUGAUGUACAUUUAUUAUGGUUAUGUACAGGAAUAGCUUCAUUAUUACAUUUUGUUCAAUGUAAUUGGACAGGUCCAUGUACUGAUAAGGAUAUUGAUUGGUUGAAAAUUAAAAGAGAUGAAGCACUCAAAGAUUUAUCUUUGCAUGAUGGGUGUAAUAUAAAUGUACAAAAACCAGAGCUUCUUUAUUUGUCUAAGAAAAUAUUUUCUAACAUGAAUCUACAGCUUAAAUAUAGAAGCUGUCUUUGGUGGCUGUUUAGAACUAUUUUGUUGCAUCAGCAUAUAUUAGAUGAAAACUCAGGUAUAUUAUUUGAGGAAGUCGAGAAUCUUAUAAUGGAAAUUAAUAAUUUAGAUAUAUUAAAAGAAGAUCCUCUUUGCAAGCUUUUAUUCAAUCUAGAAACUGCUAGAUUUUACUUGUACUAUAGAAGAAUACAAAAUUCUGAGGAACAUCUUGAAUGUGCACAAAGAAUAGCAAGCUUAAGAUUAAAUUUAGAAGGUGCAAUGGGAAAACGUACUAGGUAUCAACAAGAAGAAAAAGCACAAUUAUAUCUGAAUAUAGAGAUGGAUAAAGAUAUUUUUCCUUCAAUAAAUUGUGAGCAUGUACCAAAAUCUGUAAAUUUAAAUGAUGAGUUAAGAUUGGAACAUAUUGAGUUUUCAGACUAUAAAGAAGAGAUUAAAUUGGGUGCAGUAGAAGAAGCAAUAAUUUUAGCAAAAUAUGUUCAAUUGCAGCUUUGUCAACCCAAGCACAAACUCACUGACGAAGAAAUCAGACCCUAUUUAAUUAAAGUUGUAGAGAAUACAAAGAAUUGGUCAUUAAAAAUGACUUCUUUGUACUAUCGUUGCUUAUUGGAAUCUGAUGACAAAAGAACUGUUGAACGAUCUAUGAUGCAAGCAGAGUCUUUACUAAAAGAUUAUAAUGAUAUAAAAGCACCUGUAGCCAGAAGAAUGGAUUUAUUUUUUGCGAGCGGUAUGAAACCUAUUUGGAUAUUGGAAGAGAAAUGGGCUAAUAUAAUGUUCAGUCUCGGUUUGGUGAAAGGAGCUUUGGAAGUCUUUACAAAGCUAGGAUUAUGGGAGAAUGUGAUUACUUGUUACAACACGUUAAAUUUGAAACACAAGGCAGCUGAAAUUAUUAAGCAAGAAAUAUCUAAGAAGUCAACGGUGAAAUUAUGGUGUCUAUUAGGAGAUGCAACUGGAGAUGUGAAUAAUUAUGAAAAGGCAUGGAAAUUAUCCGAAGAAAAAAGUAGUAGAGUACAAAGACACUGGGGAUUUCAUUAUUUUGCAAAGAAAGAUUAUGCUGAGGCUGUACUACAUUUGAAAUUAUCGGCCGAACUGAAUAAUAUUCAAGAACUUGUGUGGUUUAGGCUAGGAUAUGCAGCAUUGCAGAUAGAAGAUUGGAAGUUAGCUGCUAUGGCGUAUAGACAAUAUUGUACUUUAGAACAAUCUACUUUCGAAGCAUGGAACAAUUUAGCAAAUGCAUACAUAAAAUUGGGAGAUAAAUCAAGAGCUUGGAAAUCUUUACAAGAUGCCAUAAAAUGCAAUUAUGAUCGUUGGGAAGUAUGGGACAAUUUAAUGGUUGUAAGCAUUGAUUUGGGAUAUUUUUCAGAAGUUAUUCGAUGUUACCAUCGUAUUUUGGACUUGAAAAGCAGUCAUUUAGAUGUUGAAGUUCUUCAAAUAUUAACAAAUGCUAUAAUAAAUAAUAUUAAUGAUGUGGAAGGAAAUCCAACAUCUCGUUUACUUUCAAAUAGCUUGGAAUUAUUUGGAAGAAUUACUUCUAAUGUAGUUAAUAAUCCAGAUAUUUGGAGAAUGUACGCUCAACUUGUCAUAUUGAGAAAAACGGAUAUUGACGAAGAAAAAGCGGCACAGUAUCUACAACAAGCGUAUCGUUUUGCCACUUCAAAUCCAAAAUGGUAUCACAGUGAAGAUACAACUUUAAAUGUAUUAGAGUUAUGCUGCAAUUUAGCACAAGCAUAUUUAUAUUGUGCUACUAAUGUCGGAAUUGUUAAGAAGAGAAAAAUGUUAGGGAGCGCCAAAUUAUCUCUUCAAGGAGUUGUGAAAAAGAUCAAGGAACAAGAAUGGAAUAAUACGAAUAUCAUUGAACAAUUAAUGAAAAUUGAAGAGUACUUAACAACUAUAACAAAUGAAUUGGAACAAAUAAAACCUACAUAAUAAUUAUAUUACAUAUAUCAAUAUAUCUCAUAUAAGAAAUUAUUCAGCUACAAAAAACUUUAUGACAACAGCAAUGCAAGCGAUUUUAAUAAAACUAUUCAGAGGAUAAA